AUGGCUCCGGCGAAAGCGGCGGCGCGUGCAAUAUCGCAGCAAGCAUUCGACGAAAUGGUUCAGGAAAACAUUGACGACCUCGGCAUGGACCCCACGGAGGCUCUCGAGGACGCCAUCCAGACCCUCACACUUCAAGGGGUCGAUCUCUCUGGUAUUGUGACCUGCGCUCCGGGAGAAAGCAAUCCGGUGAUGGAAUGUUUGGGGAAACUGAAGGAGGAGAUGAAGUUGCCUGAAGUUGUAGAGCUUCUAGAUGAAUUGGGUGUUCUUUGCGGAGACAAAGGGUCCGGGAAUGCGGCGAUUGCGGCAAAAAAUGGAGCGGUGGAGUUGGUGAUUUCUGUCUGCUCAAAGCUGCGGGAUUCGCGCGAUCGAGGCUUGGCUUCUGGAUUGAACGCCAUGGCUUCUGUACUUCAUGAUCUUCAAAGUUCUGAAAUUUUCAAGGAAAACGGUGGCCCAAAGAUUAUUGUAGGCAUUCUGAGCAGUGAAAGAGAAGAUGAGAAGAUCUUGGAUGGUUGUUUUUCAGUCGUGGCUGCAGCUGCAACCGGCAAUGAAGUCCUCAAGGAAUCUUUUAUGGACUUGAAAAUUGAUGAGUUGAUAGUGAAGAUUCUGAAGGAACACAAUGGAGGGAGUAUCCCAAGCAUUUACGAUGCCAUACGAGUCAUCUUGACGUCCGAUGAUAAUCGUGUCGUGGCCUCACAGGUUUUUGGCUAUGCUCGACAAUUUGCAAAGUUAGGAAUUGCAGAGGUUCUUGUGGAUUCACUGCGAGAAGGACUCAGCGCCUCCUAUCUAAUAUCUGCCAGCAUUGCUUUGAAGGCUGUGGCUGUCAAUGACGAAAUUUGCAGGUCCAUUGCUCAUAAUGGAGGUAUAGAUGUGAUUCUCAAGUGCCUUGACGAUACUGGUUUACAGGGAAAUAACGCUGUGGCAAGAGCCUGCUGCUCUCUAUUAUCUAAGCUUGCAGGAAGUGACGUGAACAAGAGCACUAUUGUCGAGAAGGGAGGCUUUGAUAGGCUUAUAAAUCUUUCGGCAAGAUUCUCAGAUGAUCCUACGGUGCUGCAGGAGAUCAUGUCCAUCGUAUGCACUCUAUGUCUAAGAUCCCCGGAGAAUGCCGCCCGUGCCAUUGAAUCUGGAGCUGGGGACCUUGCUAUUCAAGCAAUGCAGAAGUUUCCGGAUUCGGACCAACUCCAAAGGAACUCUUGUUUCAUGAUAAGGAAUCUCGUUGUUAGAAAUCGAGAAAACAGGAAGCUCUUGCUCGGUAAUGGCAUCGAGGGACUUAUUCGAAAGGCAAAGCAGAGCCACAGGAGCUGCAAAGAUGCGGCCACUGAUGCACUCCGGGAUUUGGGUGUCGACAAUUACAACUCGUGA